AUGCGUAUCCAAUCCCUCGCUCUCCUGGCCAGCGCCACUACCGCCGUCGCUGCGGAGACAGUCACUCUUUUCCUACCUGGGUUCGAUGAGCAACGACUUGAGGGCAAGGUCAUUGGCACUAGCGGCUCCAUGACCAAAUAUUUCAUCAAGUGUGCAGCCGAUCUUGAUGAAACCGAGUGCGGCAUUCCAGCCGAUGGCAUGACCGUGGCCCAAGGCUCUUCAACCGUCAGCCUGGGGUACGGCAUGGAAUCUAUCACCAUCGCUGAGAGCUGCAAGUGGGAUGCCACAAGCGCGAGUUGCGGCGCGACCUUCGACGAGCGUGGCUCGACUUCCACGUGGAACUCAAAGAUCGCUAUCACGGAAAUCCCUGGCGGCGCAUUGAUGCCUGUGACCAUCACCGCAACUGGAUCUGACAGUGCUUCCGCUACCACUGGUGCCUCGGUCUCGGCUUCUACCGCCGCCUCGACUAGCGCUGCUACUUUGACUACCUCCGCUUCUACUUCCGACACCAGUGCGACUGGCACUAGCACUGGUACAACCGCUAGCACUGCUAGGGAUUCCUCGGAUAGCAGUAGUGCUGCUGCCACCAGCCAGACCGAGACUGGUAACGCUGCUGUGCCCAUGAUUACUGGAAACGCGCGCUGGGCUGCCGGUGGUGUUGCAGCUGCACUGGUCAUCGCCGCUCUGUGA